UCCACAGGCCAGCCGCGGCUAGUUAGCAGUAAAUAUAAACACUGAAACAUCUCUGGGGUGUUCGGACUGUUUCAGCAGUUUAUCCUCAGCUUUUUGCAGACUCUCUUGGAGAACAUUUACAAGAUGUUGUAGUUCAGAUAAAUGUCGUACUGCUUCGCCAUGAUUGUGUCGAUUUUGGGGAAUCAGAGGCCUUGAAGUUGCCCUGCUAACCGAUGACCAUGAUUCAGCUGGAGAAACCAGUGCUGCCUGGUACCAUGCCGGUGGUAUGGCCCACCAUCCUCGACCUGGGCAGGGAUGAGUGCAAAAGAAUUCUCCGGAAAUUGGAGCUGGAGGCGUAUGCUGGGGUUAUCAGCGCCCUGCGUGCACAGGGAGACCUCACAAAGGACAAGAAGGAUCUGCUGGGAGAGCUCACUAAAAUCCUUGGUAUUUCAACUGAGCGUCAUCGUGCAGAAGUCCGCAGAGCCGUCAACGAUGAACGCCUAACCACGAUUGCAUAUCACAUGUCAGGUCCUAACAGCUCAUCUGAGUGGUCCAUUGAAGGACGCCGCCUGGUUCCCUUGAUGCCAAGGCUGGUCCCUCAGACAGUUUUUACUGUGACUGCUAAUGCUGUAGCCAGUGCCACAGCCAAUCAGAAUGCUUCUCUUCCUCUGCCUGCUGAGACUGGAAACAAAGAAGUUGUCGUCUGUUACUCCUACACAAGCACCACCUGCACCUCCACCAGCGCCACAGCGGCCAGCGGCCCUAUUGGAGCAACUGUGAAAUCACCACGACCACCAAGUCCUUCAUCUAAUGUGGUGGUGCUGCCUAGUGGGAGCACCGUCUAUGUGAAAAGUGUGAGCUGUUCUGAUGAAGAUGAGAAGCCUCGCAAGAGAAGGCGGACCAACUCGUCCAGCUCGUCACCGGUGAUGCUUAAGGAGGUCACUAAAGUGACUCCGCAGGUAUCCAAGAACAUCACUGUACCUGUGAGCGGCAGCCCCAAGAUGAGCAACAUCAUGCAGAGCAUUGCAAACUCACUGCCGCCACACCUUUCACCGGUUAAGAUCACCUUCACCAAGCCCACCAUCCAGACCACCAACACCACCACUCAGAAGGUGAUCAUCGUGACAACGUCUCCUAGUUCAAACUUUGUCCCAAACAUCCUGUCCAAGUCUCACAACAACGCCGCUUUGUCAAAGCUGGGGUCCUCCUCCAUACUCACCACGCCCACACAGAAACAGACUGUGGUGUUCCCUGCCGGCUCCAGCCCAUCAAACACUGUCGCAGUGACCACCGUAGUCUCCUCCACUCCCUCGGUGGUCAUGUCGACUGUGUCAACAUGUGCUGCUUCAGCUGGGGUGAAGGUUGCUACAGCCAGACUUCCUUCUCCUAAAACCCUGGUGGGCUCACCGGCUCAGAUCCUGGCUCAGUUCCCCAAGCAGCAGUCACCCAAACAGCUGCAGCAGGGCUCACCUUUGGGUGCAGCAAGUGUCAGUGCGACACAGACAACAAGCACUUCACCUGGAUCUAAGCCCACAAUCCAGAUCAAACAGGAGUCUGGAGUGAAGAUUAUCACUCAGCAGGUCCAGCCGAGUAAAAUCCUGCCCAAGCCAUCAUCAGUGGCUCUCUCCAGCGGCAGCUCGUCUCCCAUUAUGGUCGUCAGUAGCAACGGAGCCAUCAUGACAACAAAGCUGGUCACUCAACCCACAGCCACCCAGGCCACCUACACCAGACCCACCGUCAGCCCGGGCAUCGGCGCCAGAAUCUCAGCCUCCAGCGGUGGGACCACCUACGUGAAGACUACGAGUGGCAACAUCAUCACAGUGGUGCCAAAAUCUCUGGCCACUCUGGGCGGGAAGAUUAUCAGCAGUAACAUCGUCUCUGGAACAACCACUAAAAUCACCACCAUCCCCAUGACCUCCAAACCAAAUGUCAUUGUGGUUCAGAAAACCACAGGGAAAGGAGCGACCAUCCAGGGAUUGCCGGGCAAGAACGUGGUCACCACACUCUUAAAUGCUGGGGGUGAGAAAGGCCUGCAGGCUGUUCAGGGGACCAAACCAGCAAUCAUCACCACCUCCAGACCGAUCACUAAGAUGAUCGUCACCCAGCCCAAAGGCAUGAGCUCUGGAUCCCAAACCACUGCCACCAAGAUCAUCCCGACCAAGAUCGUCUACGGCCAGCAGGGAAAGACUCAGGUUCUCAUCAAGCCUAAGCCGGUCUUCCAGACAGCGUUAGUCGAACAGACCAGACAGCUAGUCACAGAGACUCUGCAGCAGGUGACCCGCUCAGUUGACAUCGGACAGGGUCAGACGCCGGGACAGGAUGGGUCAACAAAGGAUGACGCUGGCAGCUCCACCAGCGAGACCUCCCACAGCAGCACACAAGAGCCUCAGCCUGUAGUGCAUGUGGUCUCCUCCAGAGAGCAGGAUUGGACUGAACAGGAAGUAUCCGUGGAGUCCAGCCCCACCAUUAUCUACCAGGAGGUGUCUGCCGGGGAAUCCCAGUCGGCAACAUCAACAAUCAAAGCCCUGCUGGAGCUGCAGCAGACAACAGUGAAGGAGAAAGGUGAGUCCAAACCCAGACAGCACACCAUCGACCUGAGUCAGAUGGCCGUCCCCAUCCAGCUCGCCCAGGAAAAGAAGCCGAGCCCCGAGUCCCCAAGACCCUCCACCUCUGAGGCAGAACCCAGCACUGACUAUGUCCCACCAGGUAAAGUGAGCAGGCUGGCUGUAUCCACAGACGACGAUGACCUGGUCAUGUCCUCCACUCAACAGCUGGUGAAGCCUUUUAAGAGCAGCGUCAGCCAGGUUACCGUAGUAACCAAACCAGCUGGUGUGUCCACUGCAGCAGCAGCAGCUCCACACGUCAGCCAAAUGCCCUCUGACAGUCAGAGUAAAUCAGAGGCUGUGCUGGAGGUGGCAGAGAUGGAGGGCGACACUUUGGACCCACAGACAGGUUUGUUUUACCGCUCCAACCAAUCAGCCACUGAGCCUACCAAGCAGACCCCUCACUCUGCAGCCACGCAGCCUCCUCCUGUGAGCCAAACCCAGCCCGAGCAGAGCCGGCACAGCUCAGCUUCCACCCAGCCUCCACCUCCACCCCCUCCUCAGCUGCAGAGUAAACCUCAGAUCAGCCAGCCUUCCUCAUCCUCCUCCACCUUCCCCUCCACUCCUCCUCCCAUCAAGAAGCUCCCAAAGCUGCAUGUGCAGACUCAGCCCAAACCCCAGGCCUUAACGCAGAGCCCCAAGGACAGACCUGCGGUCGCUCCAGCCUCAGUGGGGGCCAAGGUCACAAGCCCGGGAACACAAGCCAAGCCCCUGGUGACACCUCAGCUCCCUAAGCUCCAGCAAGCACCCACGUCGCAUCACAGACCUCUGCACACACCCAUGUCUCACCCUCCUCCACUGCAGGCGCACCACCCAGUCAGCACGGAGAAGACCUCAUCCAGUCAGCAGCCAAUCAUCACACAGAGUGCCACUGUCACAAAGAUCACCUUCGGCAGCUCCCAUCAUUCAUCUCCAGUCUUCAGCAGCGGAGAGGCCGCAGCCAAGCUAAUCCCAGAGUCCAGCUCAGGGCCCUCUGGGGAGAAAUCCUCAGUGUCAGACAUCCUGAAGAUCUCCAUGAUGGAGGCAGAGAUCGACCCCAGCACAGAGCCUAUGGUGGUGGAUUCCUCCAGUGACUGCGGUCCCCUGGGGAAAGCUCUGGAGGUCCAGGCUGUGUCUGGGACGCUGGACUCGGGCCAGUUCAUCAGCAGCUCGGGGACCUCCAUGCAUCAUUCCCACACAAAACCGCAGCAGUUCAGCUGCAUGCCGACCCUCGCUGCACAGAGGAGCAAAGAGGACCUGGAGGUCAUUGAGGUGAUUCCUCAGUACUCUAUCCUGCCGGACUCCAGCCAGUCCAACGUGGUGGUGGAGCCCAGCGGCUUCCUGGAGAUCACAAACUACACCAGCCAGCAGCUGGAGGAGGACAGUCCCAUGGAGCAGGAGGUGGACAGCAGCAAUGACGAGGCCGCGGCCGCCAGCCCCCCUGACCAACCAUAAACACAUUUCACACUGAAGGCAGAUUGGACUUUAAACAAGCCGAUCUGUGACGUGUUUGGACCCAGAGGACAAAGACUUUCUGUUUUUUACAGAAGUGCAAGAGUGUUUUUUGUUUUUUGUGUAAAUAUUAGUUUGUUCGUUAUAAGCCUGUGUUCCUCCUCAGGACUAAUGGCACAUGUGUUUUUUAUUACCAGUGAGCAUUUAAAACGUGGGAGCGCAGGGAAAGGAUUCAGGCAGCCUCCGACAUUUGGAAAGCAGCCACUCCAAACAAACAGGAUUUAAUUAUUCCACUAUAUUAAUGUUGUUACUUGUAGGACUUUGCAAGGAAGUCACACAUCCAUGAAAUUGAUUAUGUAGGAUUUUUGGCUCCUCUUUUAGAAACAUACAUCUGGAUUUAAACCCUUAAGACAUUUAUUUUUAAUUGUCCAGAGUUUUAAAUACCUGUUUCCUAUUAGCGGCUUUGGUCUGUAAGAUUUUUGUACAGUGACUCUUCUGCUGACUGUUGUCUUCUUUUGAUGACCUGCAGCUUUAAACAAUAGCUGACCAGUAUUUUUCCUUUGACUGAGGUAAAACUUUGCAGCAGUAAAAUCUCUUAAAACACUUAUGGGAUUUCAUCUUUCAGAAGAGAGAAGAAAGCUGUUUCAGAGUGGAUUGCUGUGUGAUACAUAAAGCAGAAACUGAAUCAAGUCCUGGAGGACGGAUGGAGUCCAACUCAAAGACUGUAUUACUGCUUAUUGUAACUGGUGUAAUGUAAAAGAAGAUGUACCUUUUUGUAAGAUAUAUUCUGGAGUUCAUAAAGUUGCAGUGAGACUUUCUCCAAGUAUGGCUUUGCUUGUUGCAUAGUGUGUUUGAAACUAUGCAUUUCUUUUAUACCUUUUCAAACUAGAUGACUAGUUAAACUUGUUUAAUCUGCACAAUAAAUCAGCUGAGUAGAACUGA